AUGAAUUUAGUGGAAUACUAUAUUAAACGCUUUAUAAGGAAUAUAAUUAAAUCGAAAUUGAUCGUGCAAGUGCUGGUAACAGUCGUGCUCAUAAAUGUUCUAGUGAUCACAAUGAAGUCUACUAACAAAACUGCACAGGAUUUGGACAAGAAUUUCGCAUCAAUCAUCAAGUAUAAACCAGCUUCAGAUAAUGGUGUCUAUACCAAACCAACAGCAAAUUCAAUUUCUGAUAUUUUGUAUGAUCCAAUUUCAUUUUUGAAGGAUUUAUAUGGUACGUUGAGACCACUGACUAAUGAUGAGUUAGGUAAAAUCUUAUACAGAAAACUGAGGUUUGACACAUCGUAUGAAUGGUUGGAUAUUUAUGAAUUACAAAAAGACUUGUUGACUAUUCAAGUAGGUCCCUCUAAAAAUACAAAAGUAGAAUCUAUUAACGACCUGACCUUCUACGAGAGUGAUCCAAGGUUAGUGUGGUCAGUAUACAUUGAUCAUCUAUUGAAUAAAGAAUCCAUCAAUGCAGAAACAAAGAUUCCAUUUUCUUGGUACGAUUGGGCUGACUUCCAUGAAUAUAAUAAGAUAAGAUCACUAGAAAAGACAACUAUACGAUGCCCAUUCUUUUUCGAUGCUGCUUUUGAGCUAGAAAAAUUAGCAGAAAUCGAAAAGGAAAUUGAUAGUCCAUUAUUCCAUAAAGAUAGAAUGAAGUAUAAUGAUAUGAAAUGGUAUUCAAAACAAAGAAGAAUGUCAGAAACUCACGUUUUCUCUGUUAUGGAUAAACACUGUGAAGCUUCACAAAAUAACCUUGACUCAAAAUCAAAAGAUCCAAAAGGUCAUUCUAAACAGUUUGAGCCACAGAUUAAAAUUACACAGUUAUAUGACAAAGUUAGACCUGAAGUUUACCAAUUGCAAGCUAGAAAUUAUUUAUUGACUAACUUAACUCACCCUCUAUCCCUUACUGUCUUGGACGGUUAUAAAAAGUCAUUUAGAUUCUAUUUAGAUCAAAGAGAUAAUGCUAAAAAUAUUAUUGAAUCCGAAAUGCUCCAUGAUUUCUUUGAAAGAAAUGUUGAUUAUGAAAAAAAUCCAAUUGAAAAAACAGAAAAUUAUGAUGUCAGAAAUAAUCAAACAAAAUAUGAUUAUGUCUUUGAUCAUUUUACUAUGUAUGACAGAUUUGUGAAAUCAGAUGUAGCAAAUAAAUUAACUGUAGACGUAAAGGGAGGUGAAAAAACUGUUUUUGAUAAGGAUUUAUUCGAAUUAAAAGAAGAAGAUUUCGAUUUCGACGUUCUUGGAAAAAUUAAAGAAUUAAAAGCUAAAGAUAAGUUAGAUCUUCAUGAUCAAAAAUAUUUGGACAGUUUAAUUUACUCCAUUAAUACAGCGCCUGCUCUCGCAACCAAAUAUUUCACUGAAGCAAGUAAUGUCAAAAGUUUCAAUAGUAUGGGAUGGCACAGAGAUAAAAGGUUUUUCAAUGGUGAUUUUCGUGACGAUGAACAAGAAUAUCAACAAACACUAAACGCCAUGAUUAGAACAUUCCAAAAGUUUACAAGAUCUAAUGGUAUUAUUUCAUGGUUAUCUCAUGGUACAGCAUAUGGUUAUAUGUAUAAUGGUAUGGCUUUCCCUUGGGAUAACGAUUUUGAUUUACAAUUACCAAUCAAACACUUACAUCUACUGGCACAAUAUUUUAAUCAAAGUUUAAUCAUUGAAGAUCCAAGAGAAGGUAACGGUAGAUAUUUGCUUGAUAUUGGGUCAUCGAUUACCACUAGAACAAACGGUAAUGGUAAAAAUAAUAUUGACGCUCGUUUCAUCGACAUUAAUUCUGGUUUGUAUAUCGAUUUAACUGGUAUUUCGGUAACUGCGUCCCCUCUUAAAGGUUACAUGGAUAAUUAUUUCAAGAAAAAUAUCGGUGAUAAAUUAGAAAAGGUCUUAUCUAAUCAAACUAUCAGUUUGCUCCAACGUCCAGAAUCAGGUUUAGCAUCUAUGAAUAUAUUUGAAUUAGAAAACUACACAAAAAAUGAGAACACUGGGUUGACAAAGGAUCAAAUAUCCACAAUUCAAGAUAUGGCUAAGCAUGAAAGAGAGUUGGUUACAAAAGGCAAAGGUAUCGAUUCAAAAUAUUCUGAGACUCAAAGAUACACUUUGCAUAAACUGUUAGGGAUAUUUAAUUGUAAAAAUAAUCAUUUCAGCACCCUACAGCACUUAUCCCCAUUACGAUUAACUGAUUUUCAUGGUGUUGCAACGCUAGUACCAAAUGGCUAUCUAAAGUUACUGAAAUACGAAUAUUCUAUUCCUGAAAAUUACAUUUAUACCACUUAUAAAGAAAUGGCAUAUGUUCCGGAACUAAGAGCUUGGUUAAGAUCCGAUAUUCUAAAGAAGGCUGGUAGUAUGUUUUCUUGGUACCCAGAUUUCCCAACUCUAAGCUCUCCUCUAACCAACCUAACACUGCCUGAUUUGCAAUUGAUGUAUUAUAAUAUUGUGAAAGGUGGUUAUACUGAAUUAGUUGGUGUUCUGUACAAUUCUUUCAAUAUGACAUCCUAUAGGGUUAAGGAAUUGGAAAUACAGUCUUCUGAUUUGAAAGUAGAUGAAAAACGUGAUUUAUUGACUAAAUUAUAUGAAAAUGUGUCACCAAAUAUACAAAAUCCAUGUAAGGAUCCUUAUUUAUUUUCUCAUGAAAGAAGACUAUGGUCUCAAUUAUCUCAGGAGCUAUCUAAUUCAACCUUACAAGAGAUCCGUCAAGAUAUUGCAAGUUCUGUUUUGAAAGAUUUAUGGAGCUGGUCGAUUGAUCUAUAUAAGAGAGAUUACAAAUUUUUUGAAUAUUUCGAUGUACCUUACAACAUGACAGUGAACCUAAACGAAUAUGGAAUAAAUUUAUUCAGUAAUGCGACUGGGAAUAAAGCUAGUCAAAUCUUCAAGAAAGACAAACCAUUUUAA